AGUCGAUAAACAUCUGUCUUGCAUCGAAUGGAUUCUCUACGUUCCACCCUUAUAUUCACCCGGGCCAAGGCACGCACGCAAAUUCUAGAUUAUAGAUAGCACAUAAAUCGAUUGUUCGUCAACCCUCGAUCUCCCUUGGAUCAUGUCGACGUCGGACGCCGAGCUGCUGGCCGCCCUCCGCGCCGCCGGCCGGGAGCAUCUCUCGGCGUCCACCGUCGCCCGGCGGCAGGAGACCGGCUCCCACCUGUUCCGGGUCGCCAACUACACGGAGGUCAAGGCGACGGUGCCCAACCGCGAGCACGUCGAGUCGAGCACGUUCACCGUCGGUGGCCACGAGUGGCGCAUCGACUGCUACCCGAACAGCUGCGUCAAGCCGCACAACGGCUGCAUCUCCCUCUUCCUCCGGCGCACCAGCAGCAGCGCCCCCCACUUUCUCCGACGUGGUGCCGGCAGCGCAAAGGCCGACGUCGCCAUGGCGUCCAUCAAGUUCAGCGUGCUGGACCGGGACGGGAACCCGGCGCGCACUCAGAGCUCGCCGCCGCGCCAGUUCGCGAGCGGCGACGACUGGGGCUGGACGGACUUCAUGAGGAGCGACGAGCUGGACAAGGAGAAGGAGAGGUACCUCAAGGACGACUGCCUGACGGUCCUGUGCGACGUCACCGUCGACCUCGGCCUGCGCACCGACAGCUGCACCGAGGUCGCUGCCGCCGCCGCGCCGGAGCCGACGGGCGAGUGGCCGCCCCCGCCGUUCGAGCUAGACGGGGAGCUCACCACGGCCAUCUGGAAGAAGCAACGGGCGGACGUGAGGAUCGAGGUCGGCGGGGAGACGCUGGCGGCGCACCGGUGGAUGCUGGAGGCCCGGUCCGCCGUGUUCAAGGAGGACCUCUCGCUCGCCUUCGCGGCCGCCGGCCACGGCAAGCAGACGGCCGAGCUGCGCAUCGAAGACAUGGACGCCGAGGUGGCCAGGACCCUGAUCCGGUUCAUCUACACGGACGCGCUGGCGUCGGACAUGAAGCAGCAGCUGGACGCGGCGACGGCCAUGGCGGAGCGCCUGCUUGUGGCGGCGCACAGGUACAAGCUGGAGAAGCUGAAGCACAUCUGCGAGGAGGCGCUGUGCCGGCACAUCGGGAUGAGCUCCGUGGCGGCCACCCUGGCGCUGGCGGAGCGGCACCGGUGCGCGGUGCUGAAGAAGGCGUGCAUGCAGUUUAUUUCUUCCCCUGCUAACCUAGUAGCCGUCGUCGCGACCGAUGGCUUUGAGCAGCUGAAGAUCGGUUGCCCCCCUGAUCUGGUCGACCUCAUGGCCAAGCACUUGGCCAAGGUUGGAGCGGUAGAUCAGUCCACGUUCGUGCCAUUUACUACCUUCUAGCCAUUUAAUUUGCUCUUUUUUUCGAAAAUAUUCUAGUCAUUUAGUUACUAUAGGAGUAUAUAGCUAAUACCCGUGCAUUGCAAUGGGCACAACUUUAUUUUAGUCGCUCAGUGUAGAAUUUUUUUUUUUUUGACUGGGUUGAGAUUGAGAUAUUUUGUCAGGAGGCAAGAGGUAAAAAGAUAUGUUCCUGA